CGCGCCCGUUCUGCCGGCGAGGAAAGUGGGACUAACCCAAGGCGCCCGAGAGGAACGGUCUGCUCACGGUCCUGUCCCCAUUGCCCCGGGGCCUGCACUUUGCCACCACCAAGACAUAAUCCGGAAGCUGCGCUAGCUGGGCACGAACGCCCGCGCACACUCCUUCCCCGGGGCCCUUUCUACAGGCUCUCGAAACCCGGUGGGGUCAGAGCGCGUGAAAGGCAGGCGCGGGACGGGCGGCCGUGCAGGGACAGUUUUCAUGUAUCGCUCAAUGCGUGCCUGAAUAGGUGCUCUUGUUUCCUUUUCCACGAGAGGAAACAGGCUCAAGAGGUUGAGCGGUAGCUUACCGUAGGUUUGGGGAAGAUCUGACCCCACGGGUGUCGCUCUGAACUACUUGGUCCUGUCUCAGAAAUUUACCGCUUCCCCAGACCCUCUCCCGAGUCUUUCGUCUCCGAGCCUGGAGCAGCCCUUCCUCUCCUAUCCAGAAGUAAGGCCACUAGCCUUGGGGACUUAGGGAGAUCGACGCCAAAGGCCUCUGCUGUGUGGGGCUGUGUAGAAGCUGGGGCUGGGAGGCCCAGCACUUCCUGUGCCAGCAGGCCGGCUCCAUGCCAGGCACCUGGUGGCUGGCAGCUUGUCAGCUGGACCUUGCCCAGGGCCUGGGAGGGAGUCUGGUAGGCUGCAGUCAGCGGUGAGGCUACCGGCCCUGACACUGCAGGGGAUGUAGUUCUGGAGUCCCAACAGAUGGUCCCUGCCCCGUGCCCUUGGCCAAACUCCCCUGGGUUCUGUAGAUCCACCUUCCCUCCCCUCUCUCCUUGAUUGUCCUCCCUUCCCGGAGCUGGAACAGAGUGGGGCGCUUAAGAGCGUGGAUUCUAUGGGACUUUGAAUCUUGCUUGGUCUCCUUAGCUGUAAGAAGAUUAAUGACAAGAGGAUCUGAUAAGAGGACCUGUAUAUAGCACGAUAUGUGCCUAACCAACACCGAGGUUCCUGUGACCUCUGACGUGCUCCGCCCUCCUUCCUGGGGGAGGAGGAUUGCCUCUCCUCACCUGGCCCAGCUCCUUGACCAUCUUGUUCCUCCCCCUGCUUGGGUUCAGGUGGACACGGCAAGCAUCCAGCAUGGUGGGGAGAGUGUGGCGGCCGUGCUGAGGGCCCACGGUGUAAGGUUCCUCUUCACGCUGGUUGGUGGGCACAUUUCCCCACUGCUGGUGGCCUGUGAGAAGCUGGGCAUCCGUGUGGUGGACACGCGCCACGAAGUCACGGCCGUCUUUGCUGCCGAUGCUGUGGCCCGCCUGACUGGGACGCUGGGUGUGGCGGCGGUGACGGCAGGCCCUGGCCUCACCAACACGGUGACUGCGGUGAAGAAUGCCCAGAUAGCUCAGUCCCCAGUCCUGCUUCUGGGGGGCGCUGCCGGCACCCUGCUGCAGAACCGGGGUGCCCUCCAAGCCAUUGAUCAGAUGUCCCUGUUCCGGCCACUCUGCAAGUUCUGUGCUUCCGUGCAGAGGGUGCGGGACAUCGUGCCCACCCUGAGGGCUGCGGCGGCUGCUGCUCAGUCAGGCACCCCGGGCCCAGUAUUUGUGGAGCUACCCAUUGACGUGCUGUACCCCUACUUCAUCGUCCGGAAGGAGGUGGUGCCAGCCAUGCCACCCAAGGGCCUCAUGGGUCGAGUGGUUUCCUGGUAUUUAGAGAAUCACCUGGCCAACCUCUUUGCAGGAGCCUGGGAGCCUCAGCCCGAGGGGCCUCUGCCUCUGGACAUCCCCCAGGCAUCCGCCCAGCAGGUUCAGCGCUGUGUGGAGAUCUUGAGUCGGGCCAAAAGGCCCCUUAUUUUGCUGGGGAGCCAGGCCCUGCUGCCCCCGAUACCUGCCGACAAGCUUCGGGCUGCCGUGGAGACCCUGGGUGUCCCCUGCUUUCUUGGGGGGAUGGCACGGGGGCUGCUGGGCCGCAACCACCCCCUCCACAUCCGGCAGAACCGCAGCGCCGCCCUGAAGAAGGCAGACGUCGUCCUGCUGGCAGGAAUCAUCUGUGAUUUCCGCCUCUCCUAUGGCCGUGUCCUCAGCCGCAGCAGCAAGAUCAUCAUUGUCAACCGUAACCGGAAAGACAUGUUGAUCAACUCAGACAUCUUCUGGAAGCCCCAGGAGGCUGUGCAGGGAGAUGUGGGCUCCUUCAUGGUGAAGCUGGUGGAAGGCCUUGAGGGCCAGACGUGGGCCUCUGACUGGGCAGAGGAGCUUCGGGAAGCCGACCGGCAGAAGGAACAGACCUUUCGGGAGAAGGCGUUGAUGCCUGCAGCCCAGCACCUGAACCCGGUACGGGUGUUGCAGCUGGUGGAGGAAACUCUGCCUGACAACUCAAUUCUGGUGGUCGACGGUGGGGACUUCGUGGGCACUGCUGCCCACCUGGUGCAGCCCCGUGGCCCCCUGCGCUGGCUCGAUCCUGGGGCCUUCGGGACGCUGGGGGUUGGUGCAGGAUUUGCACUUGGAGCCAAACUGUGCCGGCCAGAUGCCGAGGUCUGGUGCCUCUUUGGGGAUGGAGCAUUUGGCUACAGCCUCAUCGAAUUUGACACCUUCGUCAGACACAAGAUCCCAGUGAUGGCCUUGAUAGGGAAUGAUGCUGGUUGGACCCAGAUUUCACGGGAGCAAGUGCCCUGUCUGGGCAGCAAUGUGGCCUGUGGCUUGGCUUACACUGAUUAUCACAAGGCAGCCAUGGGACUAGGGGCCCAGGGCUUGCUGCUCUCACGGCAGAAUGAGGAUCAGGUGGUCAAGGUGCUGCGUGAUGCCCAGCAGCAGUGCCGAGAUGGCCACCCAGUUGUGGUCAACAUCCUCAUCGGGAGGACGGACUUCCGAGACGGCUCCAUUGCUGUGUAGGGCCUUGUGGGUCAGUACCCUUGGCUCCCUUCCCACCCUGGGACUGUGCCUAGCUGGUUUGGAGUCUCAUCUUUGCCUGCCCUAGGCCUAUUCCAUGAGGCCCAGUGAUGCUACAACCCUCUCUGAGGACAGCGAGGGGCUGGAGGGGUCAGAGCUAAAAGAGGCUCCCUGACAGCACAGGACAGCUCUUGGGCCUUUUUCUCUGUGGGCCCAACUCUGCACCUUUUCUCUCCCUCUCUUAUGCACUGAAUAAACCACCUUUGAUCCACUUGGGCCCAAGUA